AUGUUGCCCAUCCCUGAUCACUCGUCUUCUUUACUGCCGGGUCCUACUAAAGGUACACGUUUUCCGCUCUGCAAUUUUCUCUCAUAUCAUCGUUAUUCCCCCGCUCACUUUGCUUUCAUUGCGAAAGUCAGUACUAUUGUUGAACCCAGUUCUUAUGAGGACGCUGCUCCCCACUCUCAUUGGCAAGAGGCCAUGCAGUCUGAAUUGCAGGCUUUGUCUGAUAACCACACUUGGAGUCUUACUCCGUUACCUGCUGGAAAGAAGCCCAUUGGUUGUCGGUGGGUGUAUAAAGUCAAGCUUAAGUCUGAUGGCUCGGUUGAGCGCUACAAAGCCCGGUUGGUUGCUAAAGGUUUACUCAGCUAG